UCCUGUUACUAGUCGAUCAUUGAAGCUAGUUUACAUGAGAUCAUCUACUGUAGACCUGCGGCAAUAGCUUACUGUAAACACUCCAAACACUGAAUUAUUUAUUGCGGUUGCCGUGUAAUGUAUUCUUUUUGAACAGGAUGAAUAUGAACAGAUUUGUACUGUAUCCACUGUGAUUAAAGUAAUACCAUAGAUGCUAUUCUUUUGUAUGGAAAAAAAAAGUACAAGCAAAGCCUUAAUAGUGCAAGUUAUACCCAAUAGUACACCAUAAUUACACGGUCAUGAACAGAGAACCAUGGAAACCGGAAGUGUCUCCCUCAGCGCCUGGACUAGAAAGUGACGAUCCAGCGCCGCCCUAUUCUAUGGCGUGCUCCAGCCAGACCAUGUUUAACCCGCCGGCGCCCCCGUACGCAACAACUCAAAUGGGCAUGAAUUACGGGCCAACGCACUACACGCCCUACCAGCCUCCUAGCUACUACGCCCUCCCUCCGGCGAGUGCCUCUCCCUCAAGCUCCACCACUGUGAUCAUUCAGCAGCCCCAGGCCAUGGUCGGCCCCAAUGGGAGACGCCUCUGGUCUACAAAGAUUUGUGAUUGCUGCAAAGAUAUGAACAUAUGCUGCUGCGGAACGUUCUGCUACACGGUGCUGGCAUGUCAGGUAGCCACUGACAUGGGCGAGUCCUUCUGCGUCCCAUGCUGCGUCAUCGGUUGGCUGACGACCUUGAGGACGAAGUUGAGAACGGAACAGAACAUUGCCGGAAGCGUCCUGGACGAUUGUUGUGCUUCGUGUUUCUGUUCGCCCUGUGUCCUCUGUCAGCUGUCACGGGAGAUCAAGAUCUGUCGCAACUCUGGAAUGAUGCGAGUCUAGCUAGUAGGAUAAAAAAAAAAGAGAGAGUGAGAGACACCUCUUUUAUCUGUGAUGAAGCCUCUUUGUUGAAAUGUUCAAGCUAUCGCCAUUUUAUGACAUUUUUUGUUUUUUUUUGUUUUAUAGUUUUCAUUAAAAUUGUAUUGCGUAAUAAUGUGGACUACCAGGUCGAUAUAGAGCAUGGAAAAACUCUAGUAUUGAUUGAUCUGACAUUUACUAUGAUUGCUUUGAGCGAGAGAGAUAAAGAGAGACAUAGAGAAAGAUAACAAGAGAGAGAGAGAGAGUGUGUGUGGGAGAGAAAGAGAGAGAGGGCUAUUGAAUAAAAUGUCACACUGAAUGUGCGUGGUGCGCUUGCAUAUAUUUUUUUAAAGCUGGAAUUAUAAUAUUACAAUAAAUUUUAGGGAGGCAACUCAACGCGGUUUUACAGUAAGAUAUCAUGUAUGUUUAGCAGUAAUGACAAAAAAACACAGACAGUGACGUGAAGCCUUCACACACUGAGAGGUGUCCUUUCUGUCAAACCUUUUCCCAGACCAACGCCAUCCUUUCUGUUGCUGCUUCAGGUCCACAAUCCAGUUCUCUCAGGCAGCAAAAAGGUCGUCUCUUUAGUAGCAGAACUUCAGACUCUUUUUUCUAACUGCUCUACCAAAGCAGUCAUCUAAACAUUCCGUUUAUGUCCAGUAUUGAAUAGUGCGCUAGAGUGCGCACCAUAAGUUCCUGCGCAGGGGCAGAGGUAUUACAAUAUAGUUUAGAAAUAUUCAAACAUUAGUUCAGUUGUAUGUAUCUGUACUAGUGAUAUUUUGUAACCUAACUGAAUGUGCAAUGCCUAUACACACUCAAUGCGCAAUAUAAUUCGUGGACACGCCUUUGAUGUUUUUAAAUUUAUCAGAAUGCAAUUUGACUCUACACCGCAACACAGUAUGAAAAAAAAAGUAAACCUACAAACAAAGACGUAGAAUGAGAUUAUAUUAUAGAUUUUUAAAAAUAAUUUAAAGCAAUCAUUUCGUCUUCUUUGUAGUGUCUCUAUUCUCUUAUAUUGAUCUAUCUUAUAAGAACUAAACAAGUCAUCCUAGUAUUGCAGUAUGUUAUAACUUUUUUUAGGGUAAUAGAGAGAGAGAGAGAGAGAUUGAGAGAAAGUGUGAUCUAUGCGUUUUUAGUCUUUUAAUGGUUCUAUUGUUUUGUUUCCACAUAGACUGGAGCCUAAAGGUCUAGAAAAAAAAAAGCAAGAUAUUAUAGCUUUUUUUUUUAAUUAUAGCUUUUUUUUUUAUAUAGCGGUACUUUCAUGCUCAUCUCAUUUGUGGACCAUUGGGGAGGGUGGGGGGAGUUAUCUGGGAGAAGGUUUUCCGUGCUGCCUUUAGGCGAUCAGUAAACUUAAAUCUGCUCGAGUUGGGUGUCGAGUCUCGAGCCCCCUUCAUAGGUAGCCAAGCCAAGUUCAAGCGUACUUAGCCUCUCGACCACGCUUUCAGCCACACUGACCAAAGGAACUAUACCCUGAAACCAAAAGUCACUGAUCUAUUACAUCUACCUGACGGUAAACACAAUUUUACCGGAUACAGUUUCUCGUCUGCUUCUUUUCACAAAUUUCAUUUCGAGCGAAAGUGAAAAGAAAUUAAAAUGUACAAGAAUUCAACUAGUGAGAGUUGAGUGAGAGAAACUCUAGGUGUCGCCUUCAGGCGGUGGACAGUGUGUUUCACUGUAAGCCAGGGGUUCUCAACCUGUGGUCGUGACCCCCUUGGGGGGUCGAUUGACGAUUUGCCAGGGGUCGCCAAAGACCAUUGAAAAAAUGGAUUGUUAUUGUCUAUUCUUCUAUUGCUGUGUGUGUGUGCGGGGGGGGGGGGUCGCGGCUAAGUGGGGGAUUGUAAAAAGGUGUCACCGAACAUAAAAGGUUGAGAACCGAUGCCGUAAGCAGUGUAUUAACAUAUAAAACUAGGUGUUUUUCCUUUUUAUCAAUUAUUACAUUUCAAAUCUAGUCAAAGUGAGUUCAUUGAAAUAGUUGCCAGAUUUCCGAUGCCCUUUUUUCUGUUACCCUUUUUGAUGAGUGUUUUAAAUUUAAUAUAAAUUUUUAGUUUGUGUGAAUGGAAGUAGUAUUCCUAUUAUGAUUGCAUUGUUUCAGAUAUAGCGCAGAGUCAAUGGCAAACUUGUACUACCAGCUAUCUAAUAGUUGAUUUCAUAUAUCGGAUCAAUAGAUCCAAUGUUAGCAUGCAGAAGUUGAAGACUGUAUCUAUAUGUUAUAUAUAUGAUUGUUUCUGGGGUUGUUUAUUUUUCACAUUAAGGUAAUUAAUGUCUUUCUAUUUAUAGCCCGUGACGUCUUUUUUUCCCCUGACAUUUUUUAUCUAUAAGCAAGUGUUGGUCUUCAAGUGCACUUAUGACUUUUAGAUCUAAAAAAUGUCUGGUUUGACCAAAGAUAGUAUUUAUAGCCAAUAACAUUUUGGUUUCACUUCAUUGAACUAGUUAGUCAAUAAACUACCUUUGAUUUAAUGCAUGAUUGAGUUUGAUGAAGAAGUGGAAGGACAUUGGAAGUGAUUCCCUGGCUUCCUUCUAAGCCAAACCUCAGUCGAUAUUGAGUAAGGCAUUGUGAGUUAGGGUACUAGCAUUUUAUCCACUGCAAUACCCAAGCAGGGAAAGCCACGAACCCUUAAUGACACAAUUUCUUUUGUACAAUAACUGCGCUAUUGCGAGUACUCUGUGGAUCUUUCAUACUUUGGUCAUUCAAUAAUUGUGUGUGCGUGUGUGUGGUUAUAAUUUGUGGCUAUAACAUUGAGGAUAUGCGUUUGCUUAUUAAUUGUUAUCAUAACUCCGCUCAAUAGUUCUGUACAUUAUCAAAUGAGUUUAAAAGGGGAGGGCUGUUAUUUGGACACUCAUUUGUGUGAAUUUGAUAAAUAAACACAAAUA